UUUUCACCGGAAGUUUAAACAAAGUUCCAGGGUUUUCAUUCUCACUAGACACUCACUAUAGUUUCGUAGUCUCUUCCCUCCCAAAACCCUCUGUUUCUUCUUCCUCUUUGCAUCUUUCUCUCUCUUCGAAACUACACAUCACUAUUCUCCAAUCAUGCACGCUCCAGUCCUCGUUCUCAAUGAUUCUACAAAACGUGAAUCUGGGAGCAAGGUCCAUCAUGCUAACAUCCGUGCCGCAAAGGCUGUUGCUGAAGUAAUUCGAACAACACUUGGUCCACGCUCAAUGUUAAAGAUGCUCCUUGAUGCUGCUGGAGGCAUAGUCGUGACGAAUGAUGGUAAUGCCAUUUUGCGUGAAUUAGAUCUUGCACAUCCAGCUGCUAAGUCAAUGAUCGAGCUUAGCAGGACACAAGAUGAAGAGGUUGGAGAUGGAACGACCUCUGUUAUUGUUCUUGCUGGAGAGAUGCUCCAUGUGGCUGAAGAAUUUAUCGAUAAGAGCUAUCAUCCUACUGUUAUUUGCCGAGCGUAUUCGAAAGCUCUGGAAGAUGCACUUGCUGUUCUUGACAAGAUUGCAAUGUCCAUUGAUGUGGAGGAUCGUGCUACUAUGUUGGGCUUGGUCAAGAGCUGUAUUGGAACCAAGUUUACCAGUCAGUUUGGUGAUCUGAUUGCCGAUUUAGCUAUUGAUGCCACUGCAAUGGUUGGUGUGGACCUUGGUCAAGGGCUGCGAGAGGUGGACAUUAAGAAGUACAUUAAAGUUGAGAAGGUACCUGGUGGUCAGUUAGAAGAUUCUCAGGUGCUUAAAGGGGUAAUGAUCAAUAAGGACGUGGUUGCCCCUGGAAAGAUGAGGCGGAAGAUCAUCAACCCGCGCAUUAUGCUACUUGAUUGUCCUCUUGAAUACAAAAAAGGUGAAAAUCAAACAAAUGCUGAGAUACUGAAAGAUGAAGACUGGGAAGUCUUGCUACGAAUGGAGGAAGAGUUCAUUGAGAAUAUGUGCGCACAGAUACUGAAAUUUAAGCCCGAUUUAGUGAUCACUGAAAAAGGACUAAGUGACUUGGCAUGCCAUUAUUUGAGCAAGGCUGGUGUUACUGCAAUUCGGAGGGUGAGGAAGACGGAUAAUAACAGAAUCGCCAAGGCAUGUGGGGCUGUCAUUGUAAAUAGGCCAGAUGAACUCCAGGAAUCAGAUGUAGGUACUGGUGCUGGGUUGUUUGAGGUCAAGAAAAUCGGUGAUGAGUUUUUUGCAUUUAUUGUUGAUUGCAAAGAGCCAAAAGCAUGUACUGUGCUAUUAAGAGGCGCUAGCAAGGAUCUCUUAAACGAGGUGGAAAGAAAUCUUCAGGAUGCAAUGUGUGUGGCAAGAAAUAUUAUCAAAAGUCCAAAACUUGUUCCUGGAGGGGGAGGUACAGAACUGACUGUAUCAGCAACGUUGAAGCAAAAGAGCUCAUCUAUUGAAGGCAUAGAAAAGUGGCCAUAUGAAGCAGCUGCUUUAGCCUUUGAGGCUAUUCCGCGGACAUUGGCCCAGAACUGUGGUGUAAAUGUUAUUAGGACUAUGACUGCCUUGCGUGGAAAGCAUGCAAAUGGUGAAAAUGCUUGGACCGGCAUAGAUGGUAACACUGGUGAAAUUGCAGAUAUGAAAGAAAAGAAGAUUUGGGACUCAUACGCAGUAAAGGCUCAGACUUUUAAGACUGCAAUAGAAGCAGCUUGCAUGCUUCUAAGGAUAGAUGAUAUUGUAAGUGGCAUAAAAAAGAAGCAGGCUCCUGGAGCACAAGCUCCCUCAAAACCUUCGGUUGAGCAGGCCGAUGAUGCUGAUAAUGAACAAAUGAUUCCGGAGUGAUAAAUUUGGGAGCCUAUUGCCUAACAAAUCAUCAGUUUUAUCAUCACUUUGCAUCUUGAAUCAUGUCAACCUGAGUAUGGGCUUUCCGAAGCAUAUAAUUUUGGUACAACACUCUCUGGAAGAUUUCUUUAACCUUGCAGUGUUGACUUGUCCCCCCCCCCCCUCCCCCCAAGUUUUACUUCCAUUUUUUUCUUCCGUUUUGCGUGGGUACUCUCUUAUCUUCGACGUGUAACUUAGCGGUAGUAGUUCUUUUUUUAACUACUGUAAUUUUUGUAGUGGUUUUUGUUUUCAGAAUCGGUCUCUCCAAAUCUUUUGUAGAUGAGGUCUCAUAUAUGGCUAUCAUAUUUAUAUCUGUAUGCUUACUGGACGAGGUUUUUAGAAGUAGUAGGAUGGAUUUUUAUGA